AUGAAACAACUGAUAAUAGCUCUUUUACUUCUGGUAACGAGUACUUACACCCAAGAAGCCAACUAUUGGGCACUAACAAUCCAAGAAAGAGCUGAAAAUAUGGGACUUACCUAUGAACAAUAUGAUGUCACCACUCAAGAUGGAUAUAUUCUCACAUUGAUGAGGAUUUACAUGGACCCUUUAGUUGAUGACAGAGUGCUCUUUAUGGCUCAUUCGUUUCCAGAUUCUGCAGAAUCAUUCACUUAUGUGGAUGAAGGAGAGUCUCCUGCAUUUUACCUUGCUAGACAAGGUUUUGAUAUCUGGCUAUAUAAUAUGAGAGGGAACAGAUAUAGCAGAAGACAUGAAUCUCUUCCAGUUGGUGCAGGAUAUGGAGUCAACCGCCAGUACUGGGAGUUCCACAUGGACACAAUUCGAUUCGAUUACAUGGCCUGCAUUCAAUUAAUACUCGACACAACAGGUAAUUCCAAGAUUCCUGUGUUUGGCCAUUCAUUCGGAGGUGAAACGUUCUUGAUUGCUCUGGCUCUUGAACCUGACUUCUUUGCUCAAACUGUAUCCUUGGCUAUUCUUGCAGGAGUUCCAACAGUACUAAGAGAUACUGAUUACAUUCCAUUUAUCCUUUUAGGAGAUUACCCACAAAUCCUGAAUAUGAUGAUGCUGAAUGGAUUUAACAUAUUCAUGAACAACAACCCAAUUUUCUCAUACUUCAUUCAUUUAAAUUGAGCUAUCUUCCCUCUUUACUGUGACGGACUGAACGGGUUCUUGGUUGGGGAAGGACACCCAUUUGACCUUGAUGAAGACGGAAUUGAAGUCUUCAUGUCAAGAACUCUUGACGGAAUUGGCAUCCCAUUACUCCAACAUCUAUUACAAAGCUUGAGAACUGGAGACUUAACAUAUUUUGAUUAUGGACCUGAAAACAACUUCGAAAUUUAUGGAUCAGAAAAUCCUCCUGAAAUCCCUCUUGAGAAUAUAAAUGUUCCUAUUGCUCUAAUGUGGGCAGAAUACGACAACAUUGUAACUAACAAUGGUGUGGAGUGGCUUACAGAUCAAGUGAGUGAUAAUAUUAUCUUCGAACAUACGUACCAAGACUACAACCACUUAUCAUUCAUCAUCGGUAACAACAUGGAGCCUUACCUCGACGACGUAAUCGAUCUCACAGAAUCUUACCCUCCAGAACCCUAACUCUCACACCUAAAUCAAUACCUAAAUUCCUACUAAACCACAAAUUUC